AUGGCUGAAACUCGGUCUUCUAUUAGAAAUCUGGAGACCCAAAUGGGACAAUUGGCUACUCUCAUGGCUAAUCGUGCCCAAGGUAACUUGCCUAGCACCACUGAAGUCAAUCCGAAAGAGAAUUUCAAGGCAAUCACAUUAAGAAGUGGGAAGAAUUAUGAGGGACCAAGUGAGAAGCAGCUAGUUGAAGAAGUGGGUCAGGAUCAACAGGCACAGGCACCGGCACAAGAGGAAAAGAAGCACAAUGAGAAGAAGGCUACUGAAGGUAUACCAACAAAAGAAGCUUCGCCACCAAUUAGUAUUGAGCAUUACAUAAAGAUUCCCUACCCCCAAAGGCUUCGCAAGAACAACAUGGACAAGCAGUUUACCAAAUUCUUGGAAGUAUUCAAGAAACUGCACAUCAACAUUCCAUUUGCGGAGGCCUUAGAGCAAAUGCCGAGCUAUGUCAAGUUCAUGAAGGACAUCUUGUCCAAGAAGAGGAAGAUGGAGGACUUUGAAACUGUGGCAUUGACGGAAGAGUGUAGUGCUAUACUACAAAAGAAGCUCUCUCCUAAACUAAGAGAUCCUGGGAGUUUCACAAUACCGUGCACUAUUGGGAGAAUUGAGGGAAUAAAUGCUCUUUGUGAUUUAGGGGCUAGUAUCAACCUGAUGCCAUUGUCAGUUUUCAAGAGAUUGCAACUUAAAGAAGCCAAGCCCACAACUGUAACUUUGCAACUAGCUCAUCGUUCGUUGGCACAUCCAAGAGGGGUAAUUGAAGAUGUCCUUGUCAAAGUGGACAAGUUUAUUUUUCCUGCCGAUUUCAUAGUUCUUGACAUGGAAGAGGAUAGCAAUGUUCCCAUUAUCCUUGGGAGGCCCUUCUUGGCAACAGGCCAAGCACUUAUAGAUGUUCAGAAGGGUGAGUUGAAGUUAAGAGUGCAAGGGGAAGAAGUUGUAUUCAAUGUGCUCAAGGCCAUGACUUAUCCUGAAGCUAGUGACAAUUGCUUUUCGAUUGAUGUAAUAGAUGAGGUUAGUGAUCAAAAUGGAAAGGAAGCUAUGGAGUACGCAAAAUGGCUUAAUUCUUAUGGGCCAUUAAAAAGGAAAUACUUUGAAGAGCUUGGGGCAGUGCCAGAAAGGUCAUUGCCCUCAGUUGAGAAGCCCUCGGAGUUAGAACUGAAGGUGCUUCCUGACCAUCUAAGGUAUGAGUUUUUGGGUGAAAACAAGACACUUCCAGUUAUAGUUUCGGCUUCACUUUAUGAUGUGGAGACUGAAAUUUUUUUGAGAAUUUUGAGAGUGCACAUGAAGGCCAUUGGGUGGACUUUGGCAGACAUCAAGGGGAUCAGCCCCUCUACUGUUAUGCACCGGAUUUUAAUGGAGGAUGGAGUCAAACCAACCAUAGAUGCCCAAAGAAGACUCAAUCUGCCAAUGAAGGAAAUUGUGAGAAAGGAAGUGGUGAAGUGGUUAGAUGCAGGGGUGGCUUACCCAAUUUCUGACAAAAUUUUCAUGGAUGAUUUCUCAGUGUUUGGCUCGUCGUUUGACCAUUGUUUGAGGAACUUGGAGCUGGAGAAGUGUCAUUUCAUGGUUAGAGAGGGGAUUGUUUUGGGACACAAGAUCUCAAAGGAAGGCAUUGAGGUAGACAAAGUCAAGGUGUCCACUAUUGAGAAUUUUCCCCCUUCAGUUUUGAUAAAGGGGAUUCGUAGCUUUUUGGGUCACGCCGGUUACUACAGAAGGACCUUGAAUGAUGCUCAGUUGAACUAUGCUACUACUGAAAAGGAGAUGUUGGCCAUAGUCUUCGCUUGUGACAAGUUCAGGCCAUAUUUAAUCGGGAAUAAGGUUAUUGUGUACACAGACCAUUCGGCGAUCAAAUACCCUAUGACCAAGAAGGAUGCCAAGCCAAGACUAAUUCGAUGGGUCCUUCUCCUCCAGGAGUUUGAUCUAGAAAUCAGAGACAAGAAGGGUACCGAGAACCUAGUAGCAGAUCAUUUGUCAAGAUUGGAGUUAAAAGAGAAUCAGAAUAUGAAGGAAGUCCAGAUAAAUGAUGAGUUCCCUGAUGAGCAGUUGUUUGCUCUAAAGGAAAGUUUGAUGGUCCCAUGGUUUGUUGAUUAUGUCAACUUUCUAGCUGCAAACAUCACACCUCCUGACAUAACAAGACAACAAUUGAAGAAAUUCUUUUCCGAGGUAAAGCACUAUUAUUGGGAAGAGCCAAUCCUCUACAAGCACUGCGUCGAUCAGAUAAUCAGAAGAUGUGUGCCUGAAGAGUAG